AUGGGUAUUUCAUUGGUUCCGCUGUCUGUCCCCAACUUCAGGCCAAGCACAAGUGUUCAUCUCACAUCAGCCAAGAAAGGCAACUUGCAAGGAGCCUUGUUGCUGUCGGCUACAGCUGCGUAUGUUGUGAUCCCUCUGGCGUGGACGUGUUCGAUCAAGGCGUCAGGCUGCAGCACAUUGGCAUUGUAUACCGUCAUAUUGCCGCGAAUGCCAAUCUCCAUCCCCGCGGUGCAGCUGGCUAGCCACUCUCGACAGCUUGCAUGCAUUGAGCUGCAACCCUCCUGUCACUUUGACGUCCAAUCGCGCACCCAGGACAGAUAUGAAGACCGUUGUCUGCACCUCCCGAGACCUUGCAAACAGGGCUUACCCUCUGACCGCGACGAGCUCGAGAGCCUCAUUGUUUUCGGCGUUGUCCUAGCAAUUUACCUCCUCGAAGGAAGGGGACGAGAUAUCCAUGUCCUCCUGGCCCACAAGGUCCACAGGGAGUGCCCGGACCUCAAGGUAAUCCUGGGCCUCAAGGUGCGCCAGGUCCCCCAGGGAUACCUGGUCCUGAGGGUGUACUUGGGCCUGAGGGACAGCCCGGUCCGCAAGGCGCUCCUGGUCCUCCAGGACCUCAAGGUGUGCCUGGACGUGACGGGAGGGACGGUGCUGCUGGAAAAGAUGGGCGAAAUGGCGCGGCUGGAAGGGAUGGACGAGACGGGGCGAAGGGCGCUCAGGGCGAUCGCGGCGUUCAGGGAGAGAAAGGUGAACAGGGCGAGACAGGCCCACCAGGUGAAGACGGUUUGUCAGGUGAGACUGGACCGCGGGGUGACAAGGGUGACCAAGGUGAACAAGGCGAGAAGGGUGAUCGAGGUGAUAGGGGUGAUCGAGGUGAUCGAGGGCCACAGGGGGAUCAAGGUGCCCCAGGUGACAGAGGAGUACCGGGUGAGAGGGGAGAACAAGGAGUGCAGGGUCUACAAGGGCUACAGGGAUUACAUUGCCUACAUGGAGAGUCGUCCCAAGAAUAUCACCCCUGCCGUCACGACGCCUCCGCCAUACAUGACACAGGAGCAGAAAUGGUAG